CUGUUAACUCUUUUUAAGCAAAGCGCUUCUUUUGUUUACGUCUUUAUAGUAAGGAAUAUUAAAAGUUCGCUGGGCAUUAAAAUGGGCCGUUCUAAUGCCAACUUGGAGGAAUUAAGAACAUAUUUUAAAAGCCAUAGUAAAAUAAGGGAACAAAAAGCUCAUACGUCUAAGGUUCACUCCGUAGGUUGGAGUUGUGAUGGACGACGUUUAGCUUCUGGAUCGUUUGAUAAAACAGUAACAGUUUACACUUUAGAAAAAGAUCGUGUGAGUAAGGAAAACACAUAUCGUGGCCAUACAGGACCGGUCGAUCAAUUAUGCUGGCAUGCUACCAAUGCAGAUCUCUUAAGUACAGCUAGUGGCGACAAGACUGUAAGAAUUUGGGAUAUUAGAGUUGGGAAAUGUGCUUCCAACACGAACACCAAAGGUGAAAAUAUUAAUAUUACUUGGUCACCAGAUGGAAAAACUAUAGCUGUCGGCAACAAAGAAGACUUGGUAACUUUUAUUGACACGCGAACUAACAAAAUACGAGCCGAAGAGCAAUUUAAUUUUGAAGUCAAUGAAAUUGCUUGGAACAAUAGUAGCGAUUUGUUUUUUUUGACAAACGGCAUGGGUUGUGUUCAUAUACUAAGCUAUCCCAGCUUGGAGUUACACCAUAUUCUAAAAGCUCAUCCGGCAACUUGUAUAUGCAUAGAAUUUGAUCCUACUGGCAAAUAUUUUGCAACCGGUUCUGCAGAUGCUUUGGUUUCGCUAUGGGAUGCAAAUGAACUGGCUUGUUUACGUGUACUGUCACGUUUGGAUUGGCCGGUCCGCACUAUUUCCUUUAGUCAUGAUGCUAAAUUACUGGCUUCGGCAUCGGAAGACUUGAUGAUUGAUAUCGCUCAUACCGAAACGGGCGAAAAAGUAGCUGAUAUACCAGUGGACGCUGCCACAUUCACCGUAGCUUGGCAUCCUAAGCAAUAUUUGUUAGCUUAUGCAUGCGACGAUAAAGACAGCAACGACCGUCGUCGUGAAGCGGGUAAUUUAAAAGUUUAUGGAUUUCAGGAGUGACUUUAAUAAAAUACAGUGUGUGAAACAUA